UCGUUUUUGUAGAACGGUGACAGCAACGACGACUACGUUUAAAGGAGAUAUCCAUCAUUUUUUUUCUCCAUAGAAAUUCCAUUUUAUAUAUGCACGAAUAGUGUUUUGAAUAACAAAUAGCUUUAGUGUAAAUUGAAAACUAUCGACAACACAUUGAGAAAAUUGUUUCACUUGAAGUGUUACUAAAACAAUUACCAUCCGGAAAAGUGAAAAGAAAAUACAAGUGAAAAAGAGAAAAAACCAACAAUUCGGUCAAAUUAAAUUGCGACAACUAUCGAUCAAUUAAAAAGCAUCCUGCCAGAAAUUCCAAAAAGACUGAAACAAACGCAUCACACGAUGAAGAAGGGUUAAGCGCAGACGGUGUGGUGACGGCAAAUAUUAGCAUUUCUAAUAUGUGAAAAUGUUUAAAGUGCAACCAUUCAAUUCAUUUCAAAUACAUCACAUACUUACACAAUUCUAUUGAAAUAAAUGCACAUUAUUCAUUGUAUGCAUACGAUGACAACCGAACGGUAACAGUACAAUUCAGUGUUCAUGAGACACGCAUAUGCAUCGACACUAAAAUUAUACAAUUUAUAUACAUAUAUAUACAAACAUACAAAAAAAAGUAUAAAGUAAAAUCGUAAACCAAAUCCGAUCAAAACAGACCCUACUGAGCAACCAUGAAAUGAAAGAGACGGAACGAUUAAAACAAAACAAUGUGAAACGAAAAUACAAACGACGAUUAAGUGCACAGUGAGAAUCGAAGUGGACCGAUUGUGCGAAUAAACAAGCAAAUGCAUGUAAUAAAAGUGAAACUUGGUGGUAAAGGGGAGAAACAAAACAAAAUAAAUUGAAAAUAAAAAGAAGAAGAAGAACAGCAACAUAUUUAUGGAAAGCAAAGAGUUAAUUCAUAAGAUUCAGCUAGUAGACAUUUAUGUGCGUGGUCAUCCCGUUUUAUGAAUGAAAUUCUUGACGCCAGGAUAAAUAAAUUGUGUUAGACUGUUGUUGAGAAAGAUCUGUAUACGGUGCAAAAGCGUAACAACAUGACGGUGGAUUUCAACGAUUAUUUUUGGGGUGACAAAAAUAACGGUUUUGACGUUUUGUAUCACAAUAUGAAGUAUGGAUUGGUGGCCAGCAAGGAGUUGUCGGAGUUUUUCCGCGAAAAAUCGAACAUCGAAGAAUCGAAUUCAAAGUUGAUGACCAAACUAGCAAACAAAGCUGGUUCAGGAUGUGUACAUGGAACAUUUGCACCGGUAUGGGUGGUACUGAAAUCAUCAGCCGAAAAAUUGUCAUCGUUGCAUUUACAAAUGGUGCACAAAAUUUCGGAAUUGGUUAAAGAUGUCAGCAAGUAUGCCGAUGAACUGCAUAAGAAGCAUAAAUCGGUAAAGGAGGAGGAGGCCAGUACGUUGGAAGCAGUGCAGGCAAUGCAAGCGUCCACGGCAGCCGUUCAAAAAGCCAAGGAUUCGUUUUCAAACAAAAUGCAUGAAUUGGAAAAAUUGCGCAAAGAUGGCUCGGCCAAGGAGUUGGAAAAGGCCGAAUCAAAAUUGCGGAAGCAACAAGACGAUUACAAGCAAUUAUUGGAAAAACAUAACCCCGUUAAAAUGGAAUUCGAACGAAGAAUGAGCAUUACAUGCAAGAGAUUCCAAGAUAUCGAAGAAAACCAUUUGAAACAAAUGAAGGAAUUUUUAUCAACGUACAUUGAACUUUUGCAAAAUAACCAUGAUAUGGUUGGACAAGUGCACUCCGAAUUCAAGCGACAAUUCCUUGAAAUGACUGUUGAUAAAUUGCUCGAACAAUUUGUAAUGAGCAAAUAUACAGGCCUGGAGAAACCGGAGAUUGUUGAGCUUGAUUUAACACAAUGGUCGCCUAGCAAUACAAGUUUGAAUGCAACCCAACCAAGCGCAUCGCAUUCAAUGGUCGGAGCCUCGACGAAUUCGGUUGCGUCAGCCGGAAGUGGCAUUGGUUCCAUUCAAUUAACAAAUGUCCAACUUGAAUACGCUCCAACCGCUUCGCCCGAACUAAGUCUAACUAACACUGGCAGCAGCGGUGCAUCGAAUAAUCAAUCGAUUUUGGGUAUGGGAACAACAACAAAACGUGAACCAUAUCUACGAAAUUGGUUUAUGUCACAAUCAUCGGCCUCGUCACAUUCGGCAAACGCUGCUUCAAACAUGCCAUCGCAUGCAAAUACAGGCAAUUCCGUAUCGGCAAAUGCAUCACCAGCCGCUUCAUCAUUGAAUGCAGUAUCAACGGAAUCAAGCGAAAGUAACUAUCAAAAAAUGAAACAAUUCUCAUUACAGCAACUUCAUAUCGCCGAUAAUCAAUUGCCUAUCGACAAAUCGUCGUCUACUUCGUCCGUACCAAGUUUCCAACAUCACAGUUCAAUCACAAACACUAGUAAAAAAAUCACUACAAACGGUGAACAUAACGGCCAUAAUACCAACCAAAUAAACAAUAGCCAUAGUCAUUCAGCCGAUGUCAGUAUGAAAGACGAUCAACAGAAGCAGUCAACAUCACAGCCAAAACAACAAAAAUCUUCCCGCCGCACAACUUCACUUCUUAACCUCUUCAUGUCCAAUUCUCAGGGAAGUCGUGAAAGUCGCGAUAGUCGUGAGAGUCGCGGCAGCCGUGAUUCAAAUUCAGUUGAAGUUCUAUCAGCUCCAUCAAGCCCAAGCGAACAACAAGAAACUCAAAAUCAGUCGAGUUCGCAAAUCGGACGGAAUCCACUCAGAAGUUCAAAAUUUUCAGCAAUUUUGCGAAGCGGUCGAAAUAAAACAAAAUCCAAAAAGGCGAAGAAGAAGAAAGAUUCAAACGAUGACACGAUAAGUGGAACCAGUGGAGGGGCGGACACAAGUAGUGCCGUUGUCGAAGAGAAAGAGGAUGUUAAUCAAAGUAUUGAGUCAAUGCCACGGGCAACACCGAUUUCAAUGAAUAGCACAGCUCCACCACACACUCCAAAUAGUGAACAUCAACCUGACGUUGACGAAGAUGGCUACUGCAUUCAACCGAAAGAACCCCUUUGGAAUACUCAAUGGUCAAAGAAAGAUUCAGAUUCGGACAGUGAUUCGGACAAUGAUGAUCGAGGACGAAAAAUACACGUCGAAAUAAAGCCAUUGAACAAUGGAUCGGCACCGAUUUCAGCCAGCGUUGAUGAAUUACGUGCAACUGUUGAGAAUUUAUCGUUGUCACCUCUUGGUGGAGCAUUAUCGGGUCGACGAGAUUCAAAUGUUGAAACCAAUACCAUGCUUAUGAAACGUUCGCAAUCUGUGUCACAACAAAUUGGCGAUAAGCCAAGUAAUGAUUUGCUUGGUCUCAAUUUAUUUCAGCAUCACCAAAGUCCAGGCCAAUCGAAUUCAUCAACACCAACGGCCUCACAUCCCUAUGCUCCGUUACAAAGUCCCACAUUAUCCGUAUCAAAUACAUCGAGAUACACGGACCUGGGUGAUAUAUUCUCAGAAAUCGGUGAUAUAAGCGUAUCAGCGCCGCCUUCAGCAACUUCAAAUAAAUUGAGUAGACAAAUUCCAACGCCGACAUCGGCAAGUAGCAUUGCAAUACCACGACCGCCUUCACGACGAUCGGAUACAACUGGACGAGAGCGCAUAAGUCCAUCAAACAUAUCGCGUGCAGAUAGCGUGGGCAGUUUGGAGUUCCGAACAGCUAGCAUUGGAUUUGGUUCAUCGCGUGGACCAUCGCCGUUAACAAUUGGCAUCACCGACACAAUUCCAUUGGCUGUUGCAUUUCAUGAAAUCGUUCACGCCUUCUUUAAAGGAAGUGAUGAGACACGCUGCCAAGUCAAGAUGAAUGGUGAUAUGAUGCUAAGUUUUCCAGCUGGAAUUGUCAGUGUAUUCGCAAAUAAUCCGAAUCCGGCUCAAUUGGGCUUCCGUAUCAAGAAUAUGCAGAAUCUCGAACAAUUAAUGCCUAACAAGCAAUUAGUAUCAAUUGAUAAAUUGCAGUCGACAAGUUUUAGCACAUUGCUUGAAUUUAAUAUGCCCGCUUUAACCGCAUUGUUACGACGUCAAUCGGAGCAGAAUCCAACCGCUUCCUAUUUCAAUGUUGACAUUUUGAAAUAUCAGGUGAAAGCAAAAACGGGCGCAUCAUCAUGUCCAUUCCAACUAGUUUCAUACUGGAAAUGUGAACCGACGCAUACCGACAUCAAAAUCGAUUACAAAUACAAUAAUCAUGCGAUGGCAGCUGCAUCACCACUACUAAAUGUUGCCUUAUCAGUUCCGGUUGAUGGUGGUGUUAAGAAUGUACAGUCGAAACCGCAUUCGGCUUGGAUGGGUGAAUCGAAUCGUCUAGUUUGGAAUUUCACCGACAUUUCACAACAUUCGGACAACAGUGGUGUUGGUACGCUUCGAGCUCGAUUGGAAGUCGCCAAUGGACCAUCGACACCGUCGCUAAUUAGUACACAAUUUAAUUGCGAAGGAACCACAUUGUCUGGAAUUGAGUUUGAGCUUGUCGGAAGCGGUUAUCGUCUGUCUUUAGUUAAACGACGCUUUGUUUCUGGAAAAUAUAUAUGCGAAGGAGAUGGCAUUCGAAGUAUUAAAACACCAACGCCGCCAAAUGCAAGUUCACCCAAUCCGUAUAGUCGAUCCUCAUAAGCAUUGUGUCCAAACAAAAUGAAACGCAUUUUCCGAAUCUAGCAUUCGAUUUUAUGUUAGUUACAAUUGGUUUUGGCUUUAUUGCUGCUAAGUGUAAAAAAAAUGUGUUAUACUAAUUAUUAUUAUAUGAAUUUAAUGUCUAAGCAUACAUUUGCCGCCCAGUAUGUCGCCCGCUACGCAUUCAAACGUAGAUCGUGAAAAUUGUUUUCGUUUUAUAUCAGAAAAAAUGAUGAAAAAAGAGAAAAAAUAUGUAUAAUUUUGUUGAAUUGUUCGUCUUAUUUCAUUGAAAUGGUUAUUAUCUGUAGUUGGAAAACGGCAUGUUAAAGUCUAUAUAUUAAUUGAGAAUAAACACGAAAUCAGAAGAAUUCGAACUAUGAAAUCAUAUUCAAUUAAACAUAACGAAUCUUCAGAUUUUUUCCCUUUCUUUGCAUUUAGGUAUAUUAAGUAUAUUUAGUUGAACUGUACAAUUCUAAUCUUUUUAUUGCAGAAAAAAAACACACACCCAUACACAUUUAUAUGUUUGCAAA